AUGAGCCUCCGCGCACCUUGCAAUGGCCUCUUUGCCAUUUUCUUUGCUGCACGUCUUAUAGAGUGAGGUGAGCGAAUUGUAUCUUAGCAUAUUUCCUUUCAUUUCAAGACAUCAGCAGAUCAAAAUAUGUCUAUUUACUACCAUAUUUCUUAAAAAUUGCUGAAGUAUAAAUAUUUUUAAUGGAACUCUUUGUUGUAAUGUAAAACGACGCGAAUGAUCCGGGGCUCUGAAUUACAGUGAAAUCCAGUAUACAUGAAAAGAACCCGAGUGGAUUUAGAAAUUACACUGCUUAACACUGAAUCCUUUUUAUUGAUCGAAGGAGAUAAGAAGGACGCUUCUCCUGGUCCAAUCAUCGGGAUAAAUUGAAGGGCGUUUUGUUGUUUUCACAACGUGUCUAGAGCGAUGUCGAUAGCUUCCACAUGACACAGUCACUCACUCGAAGCUAGUGCCAUCUUCAAGUAUAUAUUUUUUCUAAAAUUUUGUGUUCGUUCGGCUAGUUCUGCGGGGUUUUUUUGCGCUCUGCCAGCAUUAUAUUGUACGCUUUCUUUGCGAAUUAUUUCGGCAGCUCACAAGCAAGCGUUUAAUGGUAUCUUGAAGAAGUUGAUACGAUCAGUUUUUUUAAAUAAACCUGAACGUUUCAUUUUGUUUUAUUAUUUUUCUCAGCCAAGAUGGUUAUGCCAGCAAAUAAACCUCGCAUUAUUAAAAAGAGGAAGAAGCGAUUCAUCAGACAUCAGUCUGAUCGAUUUCUCAGAGUUAAGGUUUGUAUUAUUUCACUUGUUUUAGCCCCUCACAUCCCAACCGAAUGGCAAUCACUUCCUUCAUUCUCAUGGUUUAUAAAUGAAAAUGAAUGAUUCAGCAGCAUAACUUUAAAGAGGAAUUAGAUGCUGGUCACUCUAAGAAUCCAAUGGGUUGAGAAACCUUUCUUUUCAAUGUAUGAUUUACAUCAGCUAGAAUAGAGACAAUGCUGGGUGUUGAGGGUAAUUUUGAUACAAACAUUGUGCAGUAAUUCCAUAAGGCAAAUACAGACAUGAUGUUUUGCAACUUAUUGUUUUAGAUUUACCUUCCCUUUAAAAGCACCACACUCUGAACUUAAACCAUAGCCUAUUGCUACUGGCUUUGUAAUGAAAGUGGUGGUCGUCCAAGGGAAGGAGAAAAACUCAUUUUGUUUGGGUGAGGUGCAUAUAGGACCUCUUUCUUAAUGUUCUAUGGUAUGAAUCUCAAUCCAAAAUGUACAUUUGCUGUAUGCAACAAAAUGCCUGCAUUUUAUUUAUGUGGAAAAUUUCUAGUUGGUAAAGGAAUUAUUACUAUGAAACUCAAAACACAGUCAGCACUUUGAUUUGAUUCUGACUGGUCUGUGGUGUACUGACCAAUCUGAUGUCCAUGUAGGUCAUUAUACACAAAAAAACCCAAAACUACAGUUGGAUCACCACUUCUGUCAUUGGCAGUUUAUUUUUCUGAAGACCAGUUGGUUUCCUUCAAAACACUCAAACUCUUGAUGAUUAUUUCUGUUCACAGAUUUUUUUUGUGUUUCACCUAUUCUUUGGAACUGAAACCUCACUGUUUCUCUACUUUUAAUUUGCAAUUAAGUGAGACUGUCAGUGUCUUUUUGCAUUCCUUUCUACUAGAAAUCUAAUGAUACUAAGUGAAUGCUACAAAUCUUGCUUUUGCUUUCAGCCAAGCUGGCGUAAGCCAAAAGGUAUUGACAACAGAGUACGCAGAAGGUUCAAAGGCCAAUAUUUAAUGCCAAGUAUUGGCUAUGGCAGCAACAAGAAAACUAGACAUCUUAUGCCAGAUGGCUUCAAAAAAUUUGUCAUUCACAAUGUCCAGGUGAGAACUGAAAUUUAUACUAAGGAAUUUAGUGGGAAGAGAACAAUAUAAAGUAACCAUAGAACAUUCACCACAUCUGAAUUAAAAAAGGCCUUAAACAAAGACAAAAAAAUAGGCCAGGUCAUCAAAAUUUUACAUGGUUUGCAUGAAAUUUUCUGAUCUCCCAUGUUCAAUGAACAGUUAGAACAUUGAGUUUAUUCCUUUGCUUUCCUACUCUCAAUAUCACUUCUCUGCACUGUCUGCCACAAAUUUUUUGAAAAAUUUUUACCUGAAAAUUGGGUAUAUUUUUCUUUUCAUUUUUAUUACGUUUGUAGGUGUACUGAUAUUAUAAAGAGAAAUUUCCGUUUGGUUUCUUGUCGGAGAUUGAAAGGGGUCAACAUAGAUUGACGAUUUUGACAGAUGUUCUAACUGCAUUUAGUUUAUGGCAAUCAUAUGCCUACUUUUUCCAAGUGUAUGUAAAAAUAGUGAAUUCAUGGAUUAAGCUUAUGAAUACUUCCCAAAAGGCUAUGUUUUACAAUACAUUCUUCCACUGUUUCUUAGUUUUUAGUUUGCUUGAAAUAGAUGUUUCCAGUAGUAGUGUAAACACACGUAGAAUGUUCAGUUCCUAUGUGUACAUUUAUGUAUACUGAUCAUUCAGCCAGCUUUGUCAAAAUUGGCAACUGGUGCAUUUCAUGGUCUACUCUGAAAAACACACUGGCUAUUCUGAAUGUUUAUAGCUCAGAUUUUAGCAUGGAGGCAUGAAAUUUUGCUACCUAAUUUCUAUCACAAACCAGUGACCCAAAAUUGUCUAGAAACAUAAGGAUUCAAUUAAACUGUUAUGGCUGUGACAUCAGUUUAACACCAAGCUAUGAGUAUAUACAAAAGCCCUUCCUUUAAAAAGCACCUCACUUGGAACUAAAACCAUGAUCACUUCAGAUUUCAUGGCCUAGCCAUUGAUCUGUUGUGAUCACUGGAGUAGUUAGGACAGUGAUGGUUGUCAAAGGAAGGAGAGAGGGCAAUGUUAAUGGGUGAGACAGGAGAGGACCUCUUUCUUAAUGUCCAGUGUUCUUGGUUCUCAAUCCACAUUGCAACACUACUUACAAUAAUCAUUUCUAAUCUACAUUUUUUGUUUCUGAGUAGAGGGCUGAUUACAUGAAUUUUUGGGCUGGUUGAAGUGGAUUUAAUUCAUUAACAAGUGCAACCCUUGUCAAACUGUUUCUAGUUUUUGUAAGCUAAAAUUGGAAAUGUUAAAAAAAUACCCGAAAUAUUUCCCAGAUCAAUACCUUAAAGCACUAUUCAAACUAAUGUAAUCAGCUCCUACUCUGAAAAUACAUUUGUGACCCUCCAUGGGAAAACGGACACUAAUGCUAAACGGACACUAAACUGUUUAAACGCUCGAGUUAGUUGUUUACUAUCCGUUUACAACCGUUUUUCUAGACUGUUUAACAGAAAAGCGUUAGUGUCCAUUUUCCCAUGGAGGGUCACAUUUAUUUAGUUUAUCAAGAUGUAGUCAUUGAAUACAGGAUGCUUGUUGCACUUAAACCCAGCUAACUCCUCAUUGACCAGUAUACACAGAGUAGCUCAGUGGUCGAGGAUCACACUGUAAAAAAAUGUUAAGAUUUGGGUCUUCUCUUCAUGGUGGGACUCAGAUUUGUUUUCCUUUGUUCUUCAUUAGUUAUUAGCAAACAGCAGUGUUUAUUUAUAUUUAUUGUUUCCAUUUCAUCAGGAACUAGAAGUCCUCCUGAUGGCCAAUAAGAGCUAUGCAGCAGAGAUUGCACACAAUGUGUCCAGUAAGAAGAGGAAAGAAAUAGUGGAGCGUGCACAACAGCUGGCCAUUAAAAUAACAAAUGCCAAUGCAAGACUGCGCAGUGAAGAGAAUGAGUAG